CCAAUCAAAAUCUAAAGCAGAAAACCCAGAUUUGGGAAUUGAAAGCUAGUCAGAAACAGUGCGUGUAAUCACUUCCUAAAACCCUAAAGCUGAAAAAUAAUCCUGAUUUGGAGGAAUUGAUACAAGACUGUUGUUUUUCUGUGUUAAAAGUGGAUUCGAUCAUUACCAGCUCGGAUCAUUGGCUAGACUUUCAUUUCUCAAUUCGGCGAAUCAACCGAACUGGAACUUUUCGGAGUUGUUUUGGAUUUAGUGAAUGACGUGUUGAUAUAAAAACUGGAUGGUGGUGAUUGAUGAAUUGGAUUGUAGAUCAACUUGAGUUAUAGAGAUUUAGAAAAUUAACUAAGACAUUUAGACGUGGAAGCAGAAGGCCAUCAUAUUAGUGAUGCCUCUUGACAGCGUAAUAACUUCACCUCAUAGGAGGUCGCAGACACAGACUGUUUUCUCUUCACCAUCAUUUAAAAGAGAGAACUCCUCACGGGAUGACGAAUUAGGAAGCUGUUCAACUCUUCUUCAGCGACACCGAUUCCUUCUAACUGCUCUUGCUCUCCUAGCAUUUCUCUGCUCUGUAUAUCUGUACUUUGCUGUCACUCUGGGGGCUCGUGAUUCGUGCACUGAAAUGACGGGGGCACAAAAAGCAUCGUGUCGUUUGCAGCAAGUAAAGGCAUCUGUGUCAAAGGGUAAACUAAAAGUCUUCUAGCCUAUAUUAGUUUUUGACUUUCUUCUUGGAGGCUAGAGCUGAAGUAGUUUGGAAUACUUGAUAGUUUCAUUGGGCUCUAUCUCAAGCUCAUUGAUUUUGAUGUACAUUAGGAAGUUGUAAUGGAAAAUUACAUGACAUUAGCGAACAGGUAUGUUCGAAUUUGUGGAAAAUGAAACUACGGGCUUGAUCGAACCCUUGAUUAUAUUUUAACACACAGCCA